GGGAUAGAUAAAUCCAAAGUCUUUGAUUUCGCGCGCGCAGGAGCAGGGAAGCAGGCAGGCGUCUACGUCUACGCGGCAGGUGGGGUAUCAUGUGGGAGAGUGAUGCCAUUACCGCGGUGGUGUUGUCAAGUUAUUACGAAGUUUUUGUUACAAAUGAAGCGAGGGAGUUUAUAAUAAUAAGAUGAGGCGAAAUACAACCCUGGCCAGUUGCUCUUCACAGCGCGCUAACAAAGGUUCCGCGUAGCGACCAUGGAGGUCAAUUCAGAUCCGUGCCACGGGCGACCGAAACGAUCUUCGAGGAAAAUACCGAUCGUGUACGACGAAGAAGCGGACGAGUUCGUCGAGCAUGACCGAAAAAAGCGUGCAACGCCGAACCGAAGCACUCGAAAAAACCGAGCAGCGCCAAAACGAACCGCCCGUCGCGACGCCUCCAAAUCCGCACGGAGUAACCAGAGCGAUGAUUCGAACGCAUUCUGCAAGGCCGCCGAAAGCCAAGCGUGGCCGGACAAGUACAGACCCUCGAAAUCGUGCCGAUUCGUCGGCAACAACGCCGCCAUUGCCGAGUUGCGGUCCUGGCUUGCUACCUGGAAGGAAAGACAUGCACAGUGGACGCUCUCCAAGAAGCCUCGGCAGUCCCAGAGCGACUCGGAAGAUUCUACGGAAGCCCCGAGCAACUGCUUGCUUUUGACGGGGCCCCCCGGCGUGGGUAAGACGAGCGCCGUCUACUACCUCGCCGAAGAACUCGGCUACAAGGUCCUCGAAGUGCACGCCUCCUCGGAGCGAACCGGCCGGAAAAUUUUGUCUCAGCUGCAAGAGGCGACGCAGUCACAUCACGUUGAAGGAACCAAGCUCUCACUUGGGAGCCUGCAAGCAUGCUUCGCCGCAGCUCCCGCCGGAGCCCCCCAAGUUUGCGUCUCCACAGCACCUUCAAGAAGCCAGCCGGAGGCCCCCGCCAGGAAAAGGGGGAGGCCUCCCAAAAACCCCAAAGCUGGUCCGCUCCAGAAACUCUUCCGACAGGCGUCCUUACAGGCUGUCCCACAGCAGGUUCUUGUGGAACAGCAGACGAAAUGGAAAAGCAGCCCAAAAGAGACCCCCAAGGCCACCAUCACGGGUUACUUUGCUGUUAAGACGGAAGAGAAAAGUGUGCCCCAGAUAUCGGUGGUGCCCAAAGAAAGCGUCGGGCCCAAGGAGAGUUUGAAGGGAACCCUGCUGGACUAUUUUGGAGGCAGCACCAGAAAGAACAAAAGCUUUCAAGCAACUAGUGCCACUAAACCAGUGCAAAACCUAUGUGGGUCGGUUUCCAGUGGCGAAAUUCGGAAACAUGUCCCGCCGUCAUCUCCGCAGGAUGAAGAUUGUGAUGUGGUUGUGGUCGGGGUUUCUACGCAAGCCUGCAAGCCAUUAGCGGACAACAAACAAGUGCCAAAAUCUGUGAUGCGGUUAAGCUCCAAACUAAGAGAUGACGACAAAGAUAAUGACGUCUGUCUUGUAAGUUGUGCAGGGCAAGCUGCAAGCACCGAAUUGAAGGGUGUCUGUGAGAAGCCCAUUCGUUCCGCGAGAAAGGAACGAAAGACCAAGCCUCCAUCGCCCACCAAAGUACAAGAGCCACUAAACCAGUCGCACGAGUGCUCCAAGUCAAAUCUGUCUUACUCGAGCUCGAGCAUCAUCUUGUUCGACGACGUCGACUCCGUCUUCGCGCAGGACGACGGCUUCUGGAGCGCAGUUGAGAGCGUCCUGUCGUCUACAAAGAAACCCGUGGUCUUCACGGCUACAAGGGACAUUUGGCAGGUCAGGUCAAAGCUGCCGAGUCACUGCCCCGUCGUUGAGUUUGCGACGCCCACGUGCGGGGAAGUGGUAGAGUUGCUGGAAGAGAUCUGUUCACUGGAGGGUAUUGGCCAACCUUCCGCCGUAGAACUGGACUUUUUGGUUCAGUACCAUCAUUGUGACGUGCGCCGGUGUCUGUCCGAGCUCCAGUUGAGGUCUGCACUGCGUCCGGAGACACCAUCUGUGCCCAAACCCAGCAUGCUGUCUUUGGGAGACCUGCCACUUGGAGACAAGCUACAAAACAUUCUGCAUUUGGAUUCGUGUGCUGAGUUUGUGGAGGCCCAACUGAUGUUUGAGGAACUUGGUCUGGACCUUGCUUACCUGUCCUUGCCUGGACUGCUUCCGUUCCCAGUGAUCGAGGCUCGACAAAAGCAGUCGGUUGCUGAAAUCUCUGACGAGAGCGAACGCCGGGUCAGUGCUCUGGACGUGAGCUGGCUCUCGGACAGGGAAAGCGGCGAGGAGACGGAUGUCGUCGAAACGUGUAAGGUAGAGACAGAGGCAAAGCUUGCCGCCGAAAACUCUGGGCCUCGUGCUGAACUUUCGAAACAUUGUCUCGGAUUGUUGGCCGAGAUGUUUGAUUCCUUCAGUGUUGUGGACUGUCUCGCCGGACGUCUUGGACUUGGUGCUGCUAACACACAGCCUCCAGACAGGAUUCAUGGAUGGCAGGACGGAGCGGUCAGCCCAGUUGACGAGCGAACAUACAGUUCAGCGGCCUCCGAGUGCCUGGCCUACAUCGAAGCAUGUUCCGCAAAGCUGAGAGCAUGCCAACUCCGCCGCCUAGUAGGGGAGGCUGCUCCGGAGACAUCAGAGCUCGGCUUCGUCGUUACAGACAUCGCUCCGAGCCUGUCUAACCUAUAUAAUCUAGCAGAAAGUGGGAGGGUCCUUGAAAGUAAAAGAAGACAAAUCAUAGAGUGUGCAGUGCCCGCCAGUGUCGCCAUAAAUUCUAGUGCUGUGCUCGAUUUCAUCAGUGCUCUGCGAUCGAUCUGUGCACUUGAGAGGAAAAGGAUGGGCUCAAACAACAAGCGUUCGAGACGGUUUUUCCACUAUCUCGACUCUUGUUCCCUGUUUCUGGCUGACAAUGUUGUUGACCUCCUGUGUGCAGGCCUUGGCUGAUGCUUUAAUGCCCUAGCUAUAGUGCACCCUUAACCACAGUCAGGUGUUACUGAGGUCAGGCUUAGCUGUGUCCAAGGGUGCCCAUGCAAUUAGGGUAUAGUUGGCAGUAACUGGUAAUCGUGCUUAGGCGGAACUGCAGUUCAGGAUGCCCAUCGAGCACCCUUGGUCGUAGUUAUGUUUGACUUCAGUCACACUUAAAUGUGGUUAAGGUUCCUUUUUUAACUAAAGUAUUACAGUGUGUCAGAUCUUGUUGCUAGGAUGAUCGUGGACAGCAAUUUUGUUUGUGUGCUAUUUCAGAGACAAUAAACAUGUAACGGAUGUGUAGCUGCAUUUAUUGGGGGGUUGGCCCGGCUGGG